AUGUCUAGCUUUAUGGACACUAAUAGAGAGUUUCCUUUUCUUUCACGUGUUGCUUUUAAUCAACUUCUGUCUGAAUUCUUAUCAAGUUGCUCCCUUAAUCAACAAAGAAAAGCAAUUAGUACUCAAGAAGAUUAUGACUUAAUUAUCAGCAUUUUAAGAAGUCCCCAAGACACAUCUAUUGAAACUGCAAAAGAUAGGUUUUGGACAAAAAAAAGUUUUUACAUACACAAUUUUGAAAUAUCCCAAAACCCUAUUAUUCAGCUUAUGGAAGUCAAAAAUUCAAAUAAAAAAUCAGAUCAUGUUAUUUGUCUGUUCCAAAACCUUUAUAAUGUUCUUGGAAAGAUACACAGCAACACACAGCAACAUUCUGGAUCAAAGAAGACAUAUGAGGCAAUUAGUAACCAGUAUGCUUAUGUUUCUAGAUUAUUUGUGAAACUAUAUGUCUCUCAUUGUACACAAUGUUGUAUGAGAAGAAGUUUUCUGGCAUCUAUAAUUGGAAAAACCAUUGUUUCAAAAAAGUUGUUACAACACAUACAGGAGGCAUUAGAAGUUGUUGCAUUUUUAUUUUCAGUCUUUACUGUUUUUGGCCCUCCUUAUAUUUUACAAAAUGAUAAUGAAUCUCAAGGUUCAGUUGAAAGUUCAAACAAGACUUUAAAAAAUGCUUCUUCAAUAUGGAUGGAAGAUAACAAUAGAAGGGAUUGGAGCAUUGGCCUUCCUAUAGAAUGGAAGCAACAUAAUGUCAAUAUGAAAGAAGACUUACCAGAAGGUAUCAUUAAAAAUGAGGAAAAUUUUGAGGGUGCUGAUAAUAAUAAUAUAGAUGAUGAAGAUAACCAAAGUAAAGAAGAAAAUAGAGUUUCUGAUCCUGAGGAUGAAGAAUAUAAUCAAGCAUGGCAAUUCACUAGAGAUGACAGUAAUAGGGAACAAAUAAAUGAUAAGAAUACUGAAAUGUUCAGUGAACCAAUUUCUCAGCAAGACAUUCAAGGAGUUCAGAGACAGAAAACAAAUGAAUCAAAUAAUUCAUAUAACUUUAUUCCUAGUAAAAAAUGUCAUUAUCAGGCACUUCAAGACAUAUCGAAUAAUCCAAAGUAUCAACAUAAUAUUUAUUACCAAAUAGCAAAUAAAAAUCUUAUGAACUAUUGUUCAAAGAUGAAAAACCAGAUGCACGCAAGAUAUAAUAUUUAUGAACAUAUCUAUAAAGUUGGUGAUCUGGUAAAAAUUCAAAUUGCUAAGAUUGAUCGUGAACCUGGUGAUCACUGUGCACUUCCAUGCAAAAAUGUAUUUCCGGCUGGUGAAGUUUUGCCACUUGGACUGAAAGAAUUUCCUGAAUUAGAUAAUCCACUGACUGAUACAACUAUCAGUAUUAUUGAAGCUGCAAGACUUCAAUCCAUUUCUCUUGCAAGUAAUAAGGGAUGCAAUUGUAGAGGUGAUUGUCUUACAACAAGAUGUUUGUGUAGGAAGGUAAAUACUUUAUGUGAGAGUGGAUAUCACCCAAAAAAUUCUAAGUGCAAACAUAGGACUUAA